AUGCACAUACACAAACUGGACCAGCACCGGCCUGCCACGGGCCGAUGGCCUAGAUCGUUGCUUGUCGCGGCGCUGCUGAGCAUCGGCCUUCUCGCUACAUACGCAAACCCCGCCAAAUGGCUUCGUGCCUCGCCAGAGGUCAUCAACCACAGCAGCCUUGAGGAUGAGCUGGAGAAACCAUGGGAUUGGGCAUCUGUCAGUCCCAGCGAGGACAUCGAGUGGCACGCAUGCUACGGCGGGGAAUUCGACUGCGCCCGGCUGGAUGUGCCGCUUGACUGGAUAGACCCGUCAAAAGAGCAGCGGGUCGUGCUGGCCGUCCUGCGGUAUCAAGCAAAGACCAGUGUCAAUUAUCAGGGGCCGAUCGUUGUCAAUCCGGGUGGCCCCGGCGGAUCAGGUGUUUCCUUUCUGAAAGGCCACGCGAAGGAGCUCCAGGCAAUUGUGGGAGACAACCAUGAUAUCAUCAGCUUUGAUCCCAGAGGAAUCGGAGCCUCCGUGCCGCGCAUCGACUGCUGGGGCUCGACCAAGGAGCGACAUGACUGGGAAUUGCUCGACGAGAGCGUCAUAGACGCCUAUCCGGGUCUGUUGUAUGAGGCCUAUGUCAGGGCACAGGCAUUCUCGGAGCAAUGCGAGCGCUACAUGAAUACCAGCACGCCAGACCUCCUGCGUCACGUGAGCACCGCCUCUCAUGCUCGCGACAUGCUGGAGAUCUCGGACAGGGCUGGCUUCCCCCGGCUCAAGUACUGGGGGUUCAGCUACGGCACCAUCCUCGGCGGCACGUUUGCCGCCAUGUUCCCGGACCGCGUCGAGCGCCUGGUCAGCGAUGGUAACGUGGACUACCAUGACUGGUUCUCUCUCGAGCAGCUCAACUUUAUCGAAGACUCGGACAAGAUCAUGGAGAAGUUCUUCACGGCCUGCGCGCAAGUCGGACUGGAGAAAUGCCCAUUUGCGCUGGAUUCACCCGACGCCAUUCGGACGAGGUAUCUCGGGCUGCUCAAUAGACUCCGCAAGAGCCCUGUAGUCAUCCCAGCUUUCGCGAACGGGACCACGCCAGCAAUGCCGGAACUCGUCACCUAUGCUCAAUUCCAGCUGCUCAUCCGCAGCACCAUCUACAAGCCCCUGCACGGCUUCCCCGCUCUGGCCAGGGCAAUGGUUGCCCUGGAGCAAGGAGACGGCCUGCCCUUUUACAACAUGGCAAACAAGCAGGCGCCCACGUUGGACUUCUGCGCCCUGAACAACACGUCGCCACUGACGCCCGUGACCGAUGAUGAAACCAGCAGCUGGGACGCCUUCCCGGCCAUCAUGUGCGCCGACGGCGAGCCCUUUACCGACACGCCCGACGAGUUCGCCGCCUACGUCGACGCGCUAGUCGCGCAGAGCAAGUACGCCGGCCCAUCAAACGUGCACUUCCGGCUCGCAUGUGCGGGCAGAGCUGUCCGCCCCAAGUACCGGGCCGCCGGGCCAUGGCACGACAUCAAGACCCAUUUCCCCAUCCUGUUCAUCGGCAACGUGGCAGACAACGUGACUCCGCUGCAGAGCGCGCGCAACAACUCUGGCAAGUUUCCUGGCUCGGCCUUGCUGGUCCAGAACUCGUACGGCCACUGCUCCCUCGCGGCCCCAUCGACCUGCACGGCAAAGGUCGUGCGUGCCUACUUCCAGAAUGGGACCCUGCCCGAGGCUGGCACGGAGUGCGACCAGGAUUACGACUUCUUCCAGGACCCGCCUGCGAACGUCCUCGCAGAAGACCAGGAUGCUGCUGCCCUUGCUAGGGCUGUGGCGGAGCUCUCGCGCAACGUAGACUUACAACUCUGAAGCCAGCGGUCUGUGAACGUCAAAAGACAGAGUCACAUCUGUAUUUGAUUAUCUAGGGCGCAAGGCAUAUCAUUUGGCCCUGAGUUCUCAAAUGUAUUGGGCAAGGUCUGACUCU